UACAUAGAAAAUCAAAGCAAAUAAAAGUUGAAUUUGAAAGAAAAACAAAAUAUUUUUGAUAAAAAAAUUUCGAUGAAUUAGAUGACAAGAUUUCACCAAAAAAUGGCCGUCUAUAUACGCAUCAUUGGUUUCAAUUCAUGAUAAAUCAUGGUAUAUGGGCGGGUAAUUUUGUGAAGAAAAUGUCCAAUCUAAUGUCAUUGUUGAAAGAAAUCUGAUUUUUUCAAUAGAUUGUUUUUUUUUUGUUCAGCAAAAUCGAUGACGGCAGCCGUCAAUUCGGCCUUGGAACUUAUUAAAUUGGACAUGAGGAUUGUUUUUUUUUGCGAUCCGGGAAUUUCAGCGAAGUAUUGAAACAAACAUUGACAAGUGUAAAUUCAUUUUAGUAGAUGGCGUUUGAUAAUUAUUAUUCUAUAACACAUGUGAUCACGAAACGAAUAAAAUUUGUAACAAUGUUCAAUUAUUCUAGAUUAUUCAAAUUAUCCCGGUUCAUUUGGCAAUUACGUCCCGUCACUAAUUCAUGUGGAAAUAAUUAUAAACAAUUGACGGAGGCUGCAAGUUUUGUGGCCAUUCAUCUUCGAAAUAAACAAUUGCUUCGAGUUUCUGGGCCUGGAUCGUUCAUCUAUCUUCAAUCAUUGUUGACAAAUGAUAUGAGAAAAUUAUUAUCAGCCAACCAUGCCGAACAAUUUUCAUCACUAGAUCAUCACAAUAAAUUGAUGCCAGUAAUUUAUUCGUUCAUAUUGUCAGCCGUUGGUAAGGUUCUAUGCGAUUUAUUUGUCUAUCGAGGACGAUACAUUGUUGCAGAUUGUAAUGGUUACGAUGGUGAUGGCGAAUUUAUUUUAGAAGUAGACAAAGGUCUUGCUACAGCAGUCAAACGAUUAUUGCUUGGUUAUAAUGUAAAUAAGAAUAUCAAAGUUGAAUUAGCUAAUGAUUUUAAUCUAUGGGCCAUACUGCCAGCAUCAUUGUUGGACAAACACCAAUCUAUCUACAAUAUUGAUCAAACACUUAGCCCUAUUGAUUCGGACGAUUUAAAAUUAGUAGCCGAUCCACGAAUCGGUUACGAACAUUUUGGUUAUCGUUUCCUAACCAGAUUAGGUGGCUCUCGUUUGGAAGACCUAGGCCCAUACAUAAAAUGUCAAUCGAAUCAUGAACGAAUUCGAUUGAUUGAAGGCCGAAUAGCUGACUAUAUUGGGCUUAAAUAUCAACUUGGUUUAGCAGAAGGUCAAAAUGAUAUUCGUUCUGGUCAUUAUUUUCCAUUUGAAAUGAAUGGUGAUUUUAUCAACGCAAUAUCAUUGAAUAAAGGUCUGUAUACAUCCGAAGAGAAAACGAUAAAAAUCUACUCCACCCAGCCGAUUAAACAACGUGUAUUUCCCAUCGAAUUCUUAUGCUCAAAUCACAUAUUGCGACAAAAAUCACCUGCUCCACGCACUCUGAUUUAUUCAACUAAUGAAAGGCGAAAAGUUGGCCAAUUACAUCGAAGAAUCGGAAGAUUCGGAAUAGCUUCAUUAGCGAUUCCUCUCGCGAACAACAAUAUUCCUCGAGACAUUGUCACUCAAGACCUGUAUCACAUUGAUACCAAUUUGAAACUUCGUGCAUCAAUCCCUAAAUGGUGGCCCAAAAAUUUUGAUCAAAUAUAUUUGAAUGCACCAAAAUACCCGGAAUGUUUAUUCAAUUUUGAUAGUCAAAAUUCUCAUGUACGAAUAACUUAAAUUCAGAAUAAAAACUCAAAUAAAAUAAUUGUAUAAAAUGAAAUAAAAAAA